UAUUGUCCGCAAAGUUGGUAAUGAAUAAAGUUGUACCGGAAGUUCAAGGAUUGACGGGAACUGGGCGAUCAUACAGGCGCGGAGCCGGCAAGAUGUCUCAGUCUUUGGCGCACGCGAUGGACGCGGAGGGCUUCGGGGAGCUGCUUCAGCAGGCACAGCAGCUCGCCGCCGAGACCGAAGCAGCGUCCGAGCUGCCACACGUUGCACGGAACCUACAGGAGAUCCAGCAGGCGGGCGAGAGGCUGCGUUCGCGCACACUCACCCGCACGUCGCAGGACGCGGCGGACGUCAAGGCCUCAAUCCUUCUGGGUUCCCGAGGCCUGGACAUCUUCCAUAUCUCCCAGAGGUUGGAGAGUCUGAGUGCAGCCACCACAUUUGAGCCGUUGGAGCCUGUCAAGGACACAGAUAUCCAGGGAUUCCUGAAAAAUGAGCGGGACAACGCCCUGCUUUCGGCCAUUGAGGAGUCACGCCGCAGGACGUUCCUGCUGGCUGAGGAGUACCACAGAGAGUCUAUGCUGGUGCAGUGGGAGCAGGUGAAGCAGAGGGUGCUCCUCACGCUGCUGGGGGCUGGAGAGGAUGGACUGGACUUCAGCCAGGAUCUGGAGCCCAGCUUUGUGAGUGAUGUCGGAGCCCCUGGCCGCAGCGCACUGGACAGCGUGGAGGUGGCCUAUGGACGACAGAUUUAUGUGUUCAACGAGAAGCUGGUAAGCGGACAGUUGCAGCCCAACCUUGGAGACCUCUGUGCUUCUGUGGCCCAAGGUCUCGAUGACAAGAACGUGUCCGACAUGUGGCUGAUGGUGAAGCAGAUUACAGACGUUCUUCUGGUACCUGCCAGAGACACACUGAAGAGCCGCCUAGCUGUGGACAUGCAAGUGGCAUUUACACGGCAGGCUCUCAACUUCCUGGAAAACAGCUAUAAAAACUACACAUUGGUUACUGUGUGUGGGAACCUACAGGAAGCCCAUCUGGGUGGAGUGCCUGGAACAUUCCAGCUGGUACACAGCUACCUAAACAUCAAGCUGCCCACGCCACCGCCGGGCCUGCAGGACGGGGAGGUGGAGGGCCACCCUGUGUGGGCACUCAUCUACUACUGCCUGCGCUGUGGGGACCUGGCGGCAGCCAUGAAGGUGGUGAAUCGCGCCCAGCACCAGCUCGGAGAGUUCAAGCAUUGGUUUCAGGAAUACAUGAACAGCCCGGACCGCCGAUUAGCCCCACCCGCAGAGAAUAAGCUCCGCCUCCACUACCGCCGUGUGCUGAGGAACUGUGCUGACCCCUACAAGCGGGCUGUGUACUGUCUGUUAGGGAAGUGUGACAUCACAGACAAUCACAGCGAGGUUGCUGACAAGACCGAGGACUACCUGUGGCUGAAGCUUAACCAGGUGUGUUUUGAGGACGACGGAGGCUCCUCCCCUCAGGACAGGCUGACCUUGACCCAGCUGCAGAAACAGCUACUAGAAGAUUAUGGUGAAUCCCACUUCUCUGCCAGCCAGCAGCCGUUCCUCUAUUUCCAAGUGCUCUUCCUAACUGCGCAGUUUGAGGCAGCUGUGGCCUUCCUGUUCCGCAUCGAGCGUCUGCGCAGCCACGCUGUCCACGUGGCUCUGGUCUUGCAUGAGCAGCGCCUGCUUCUCAAGGCAUCUGGCCAAAGUGCCCAGCUCCUGAGCCAGGAGCCCGGUGACCCACCCAUGAUGCGUCGGCUGAACUUCAUCCGGCUGCUGAUGCUGUACACGCGCAAGUUUGAGUCCACUGACCCGCGGGAGGCGCUGCAGUACUUCUACUUCCUGCGGAAUGAGAAGGACAGCCAAGGGGAGAACAUGUUCAUGCGGUGUGUCAGCGAGCUGGUGAUUGAAAGUCGGGAGUUUGACAUGCUGCUGGGCAGACUGGAGAAAGAUGGAACCCGAAAGCCAGGUGUGAUUGACAAGUUUGCAGGAGACACCCGAGCGAUCAUCAGUAAGGUGGCUUUGGAGGCAGAGAACAAGGGUCUGUUUGAGGAAGCAGUUAAGCUAUAUGAACUGGCCAAGAACCCAGACAAGGUUCUGGAGCUGAUGAACAAAUUGCUCAGUCCUGUAAUCGCCCAGGUCAGCGCACCGCAGUCCAACAAAGAGAGGCUGAAAAACAUGGCCCUUGCUAUCGCAGACCGGUACCGAUCCCAGGGCGUGGCAGCAGAGAAGUCCGUGGAUAGCACCUUCUAUCUGCUUUUGGACCUAACGACGUUUUUUGACGAGUACCAUGCCGGCCACAUUGACCGAGCUUAUGAUGUGAUGGAGAGGCUAAAGCUGCUUCCCCUGAGCCAGGACAGCGUUGAGGAAAGGGUGGCUGCUUUCCGUAACUUCAGCGAUGAGGUACGACACAACCUGUCAGAGGUGCUGCUGGCCACCAUGAACAUCCUGUUUACACAGUACAAGCGGCUUAAGGGGGCCGCGGCAGGGACUCCAGGUCGACCUCAGCGCUCUGUGGAGGACAGGGAUUCACAGCUGCGCAGCCAGGCCCGCGUGCUGAUCACCUUCGCAGGGAUGAUUCCGUACCGCAUGGCAGGUGACACGAAUGCCCGGCUGGUGCAAAUGGAAGUCCUGAUGAACUGAUCUGCAGCCACCCCCAAUGCAUACCUGUUUUUCUGCUUUUGUUUUUUCACCCUCCCAUGUAUUUGCUAAUAAAAUAAUCACACUUUGGUUUCCUUGGCA